AAUUCGUAAUUUUUGAAAUCAUUUUUUUUUCAUUUAUUAAUUUUCAUCCCAUGUUUUCUACUUUUACUUAGGAUUGUUUGUCCAUAUUCUACAUUUUUUUUUGUUGUUACUGUUUUUGUUCAUCCAUCAAACAUCAUCACUUGACUGGAUCCAGAAACAAAGUACAAAACGAUUAACUCCAGAAGGAUAAGAAAAAAAAUACUGAAAUAAACUUCAUGAAUGCCAUAAAUUGCAGUAAUAGUCAAAAUUAAAAAAAUUUUCGGCCAUGGAACAGAAUGGUAAUGAUGGCCAUGUGUCCAAUGUUGAUGCUGCUGUAGGCGGUAAUAAUAAUGGAGUCAAAAUGACAUCCACAACAACAACACCAGCGAAAAAAAAUAUUCGAGUAAUUCGUAGCCUAGAUUGGGAUGAUUAUCUAAAAGUUUGCCAGGGACGACCAGCGCCAGCUGAAUAUUUUAAUCAUCAUCUGGAACCGCCUGAUAAUGAAUUUAAAAUAUAUCAAAAACUUGAAGUAUCUAGUCCGGAUAGUCACGAUUUCGUACAUUUAGCAACCGUUGUCGGUUAUAUGGGUCCACGUUUGCAGCUACGACUGGAUGGUUGUGACAAUGCAAAUGAUUUUUUCGAACUAGUCGAUUCUGAAGCAAUAAGUCCAAUUGGUACUUAUAAAUCAAAAAACCGUUUUUUCGCUGCACCAUUACGUUUUCGUAGAGAUGCGGUGACAUAUGCCAGUUUCUGUAGACAGGUCCUUAAAAAUUCGGUACAUGCACCGGAAAAAUGUUUCAAACCACCACCAAAACGUCCGGAUAGAAAUUAUUUUGAACCCGGUAUGAAAUUGGAAGCGGUCGAUAAGAAACAUCAAUCAAAUAUUUGUCCAGCAACAAUAAAAAGUGUUGAUAACUCUGAAGUAGAGAUACAUCUGGAUGGUUGGGAUAAUAAUAAUGAUUAUAAGUGUUCUUAUUAUUCACGACAUAUAUUUCCAGUUGGUUGGUGUAAAAAAACUGGCCAUAUACUUCAAUUACCCGGACCUAGAGUUGAAUAUGAAAUUGAUGUUAAAAAGCAGCAACACCAACAACAACGAUUGCAAUCCGAUACAAGUAUUACACAAAUUGAUUCAAAGUCUUCACAAUCGAAUAAUGAUAAUUAUCAUCCAGUUAAUAAUAAAGGUCAAAAUCACAAUCGCAAUCAUCAUAUUGAUCCAUCAUCAUCAAAUGAAGCGAUCAAAAUUAAAUCGACCGUCUUUAAUGAUAAUGAACGGAAUGAACAGAAAAUGGAAUCACCAUCAAAUUUUCAUUCAUCAACAAUUGAUUUGAUGGAACAAAAAAAACUAAUUGGUGAUCAUUCAAUAACCAAGGAUAUUAAACCAGUGAUGGAAAGUUUAAAAAAACAAAACAUUAAUCGCAAAUCUUUGAUUAAUUCCAUUUCAUCGGAUCAUCAUUCAGCAACGAUAACGACAUUGACAUCGACAGCUUCCAAAGCAUCAUCAUCAUCAUCAUUAGCAUCAGAUUCUUCCAUUAAUUCAUCGAAAAAUAUUGAUAUAAAUAAACGUAAACAUAGUGAGAAUAAUAUUAAUUAUAAUCAUCAUCAACAGCAUCAGAAAUCUAAUAAUCAACUAAAACAUGGUACUAAUACACAAACAUUAGUAAAUUCCAGUGCCUCUCCCACAACAGCAAUGACAAUAAAUCAGAAAUCAAUGGAAAUUCCAUUAAUGAAUGUUACGAAACGUCCACAGGAAAACAAAGAUGUAUCCACAUCGGUAAAGAUUGAUAGAAAAUCUAUUGUUGGAAAUAGCCAUAAUCAAAAUCAAAAUAAUCAUCAUCAACAACAACAACCCAUUCAAAAUAGUAGAAAGAAACGGAUAAAAUUAACACCACCGGUGAUAAAUAAAUUACCAACAUUUGUUAAUGGUAAAAACAACAACAACAACAACAACAAUGAAAAUAUAAAUGAUGCUGAUAAUAUUAAUGUAAUAAAUCAAUCAUCAUUGAUAAUGAUAAAAUAUAAAACUGAUUUGCCAACAAGAGAAUCGGUUCAUCAAUGGUCAGUGGAUGAAUUGAUAGAAUUUUUGAACAUGCGUUUUCCAGAGUUUCAUAAAUUUGAACAAAAUUUUCGAUCUCAUGAAAUUGAUGGCUAUGCUUUCCUACUAUUAACUAAUCAUGAUUUAAUGAUGAAAUUUUUGGGCGUUAAAUUGGGCUAUUCACUUAAGAUUAUUGAUCUAAUUGAAAAGAUUAAUAAUGGUGAUGGAAAUAAUUUGGAUACAGCAAGCAGUUCGUCGAAUUAAUGGAAUGGAAUGGAAACGAGAUUUUUUAUCAUCUUCCACAUACAUACACACACACACACACACACAAACAACUACCCACCCAUACACAUAUACGCAGAGAUAAUAUAAAAAUGCACCGGGUCGAAUACGCCUACCAUCCACUAACAUAAAUCUACAUUUAUCUUAUUACGGAUCUGUUAUUAAUUUACUAUAAAUUCUAUAUGUGUAACUUUUUCUGAAAAUUCUUUAUCUCAUCAUCAUCAUUGUCAUCAAUUUUUUUUUGUGGGAAAAAAUGAUAAUGUUUUUCGGCCACUU